AUGACUAGGUUGCGCGCAACAAGGCUCAACAUACAACUUUUAUCUACAUCACGUCCAUCAAAAAAAGAAAGAGGGACUAAUCGCAAUCCUCCGAACAAAUUAGCUAUUGGUCUGUCCGUUGGUUUUGCUUUAUUGGUAACUAUUAUCGUUUGUUGGACAUGGAUUCAUUGUCGAAGAAGAAAAGCGAAAGAAAAAUCUGAUAGGAAGAAUCAACAUCCAGAACAUGGAUAUAUUGACGAGGAAGAGGACAGUGUCCCGUACCGUAUCGUGGAUCUUCAGACAAAUAUUUCCACUGACGCCUCGGGUUAUACCUUCCUUGAAGCAAAAAAGGACGAAGAGCAGCCUUACAUGAAGUUAAAACCAAACUGUAGCAGAAUUCAUAAUGAGGAGGGCGAUAUGGGAGAAACAGAAAAUGGGAACCAUUCCUUCGAAGAAAUCGCUGAUGAACCUGUGUACUUUAUGUUAGAAGGAAAAGGAAAGUCAUCAAAAACGUGAAAACCUAUGUGACACGAAACUUCAACCAUAUAUACAACAUAGGUUUUUGAAAUUGUGUGAUAUAUUUAUAAAAUUAGGGAGAUUUAGUUUAUUUAAAUACAAUAAAAGAAAGGGCACUA